AUGAGUAGAGGAGUGAAUGGAAACGAUGCUCUGGAGACUCUAAACGCUGCCGCGAGUGUGUUCGCAUCUGCUGAGAAUCAGAAUCGGGUUCCUCAAGUUUCGGUUCAGAAAAGAAGAUGGAGAAGCUACUGGAGCCUUUUUUGGUGUUUUGGAUCUCACAAAAACAAGCAACAAAUUGCACAUGCUGUUCUUUUUCCGGAAAACCCAACCAUAGGAGCAGAUGCUCCAACAGCUGAAAAUCCAUCCCAACCACUUUCGAUAUUAAUUCCUUUUGUUGCACCACCUUCCUCUCCUGCAUCUUUCCUUCUGUCAGAACCUCCUUCAGCAACCCAGUCACCAACUGGCCUCUUAUCGCUCACCUCAAUAUCUGCAAAUAUGUAUUCUCCUGGGGACCGUCCCUCAAUUUUUGCCAUCGGUCCUUAUGCUCAUGAGACCCAAUUAGUAUCUCCGCCUGUAUUCUCAUCUUUCACCACUGAACCGUCAACUGCACCCUAUACUCCUCCCCCAGAAUCAGUUCACUUAACUACACCUUCCUCUCCUGAGGUUCCAUUCGCACGGCUACUUGAACCCAGCUUCCAAAGUGGUGAAGUCGGUCAGAGAUACCCUCUAUCUCAAUAUGAAUUUCAGUCUUAUCAGCUUCAUCCUGGAAGUCCAGUUAGCCAUUUGAUCUCACCUAGCUCAGGAAUAUCCGGUUCAGGCACUUCGUCACCUUUUCCUGACCUUGAGUGUGCUCCUGGACACCCCCUUUUUGUCGAGUUCAAAACUGGAAACCAUACCAAGUUCUUAAACUUUGAAAAGAUUGUGCUUCGUAAAUGGGAUUCAUUCCAUGGAUCUGGUGCAUUGAUUCCAGAUGUUGCCAGGCCAAACUCCCGUGAUAGUUUCCUUCUAAGUCGUCAAGAUGUUACUCCACUUCCAGAUGAACGUAAUGAAUUGCAAAAUGAUGAGAUCGUGGUUAAUCAUAGAGUUUCUUUUGAGAUAACUGCAGAGGAAGUUGUAAGAUGCGUGGAAAAGAAACCAGCAGCCUUCCCAGAAUUUGUGCGAGAGUCUGUUGAAAACAUUGAACGUACUGGAGAGAAAAACCUGAAAAACCCAGGAGACAGGACAAAUGUACAUGAGAACCCUGCUGGAGUAACUUCUAACAUCAUAUCUGAUAAAGAUCCUACACAGGUUGAGGAUGAAAGGAAGCACCAAAAGAAAUGCACUAUCACCCUUGGAUCUUCCAAAGAAUUCAACUUUGACAAUAUAGAUGGAGAAAAUUCUGACAUGCCCAAUAAUGUUGGUUCCAACUGGUGGGCCAAUGAGAAGGUUCUUGGGGAGGAGGGUGGACCAACUAAGAUCUGGUCCUUUCCAAUGAUGCAGACGAGUGCCAGCUAG